UUUAUAUGGAUUUCAAACUGGUUUUAGAGGUAAAAUGUUCGCGCAGUGAAGUAUGGACCCUCUGACGUGGCUAUCACUGGGGCUGCAGCUGGCGGCUCUGUGCUGUAUCGUGGGCGCGCUGUUACUGUACCUACUGCGCAAAGUGCGUGUUGCAGAGGUCUUACCAACAGAUGGCGCUAAGACCGUGCUUGUCACAUCCGUUGAUACUGCUUUAGGUUUGCAGAUAGCGACAUAUCUAAGCGAUAGAGGGUGGCGUGUGAUCGCCGGCUGCCGUAGCGGCGGACUGGGUGCGCGCCUGGCAGAGUCGUGGCUGCAGGCUCACGUGGCCGCCACGCCAGAAGACCAGCAACCACCCCGCCUCGCCACCCUCGAGCUGGACGUUGCCCGGGAGGAUCUGCUUGAAGAGGCUGCAAGGGCAAUCGCGCAGCAUCUCCCAGCUGGAGAACAUGGAGUGUGGGCGGUGAUCAACACAGCGGGGUGUGGAGGGCGCGGUGCGGCGCGCUGGGAGGCGGCACUGCGAGGUAACGUACUGGGCGCGCUGCGUGUCGCGCGCUCCUUCGCGCCUCUCCUCGCCGCCGCCGCCGCAGACCAUCCGCACGCCGGACGACUCUUUUACAUCGGUCUGACAUCUGACACUGCGUGUGAGAGCGUGUCACAGGGAUUGGGGCUGGGGGCGGGGCAGAGUCUGGGCGCGCUGGAGGCGUGCGAGACGGGCGCGGUGUGCGCGGCGGCGCGCUGGGGCACGUGGGGCGCGGCGCGUGCACUGCGGGGAGCGCUGCGGGCGCGCGGCGUGCGCGUCGUGCUGCUGCACGCGCCGGACCUCUCCGCACUCGACGUGUACGCUCCGCCCGCACAGCUCAGCGCGCCCAGCCAGCCGGCAAGCCGACCCGAAAGUCCGAGCUCCGACAUAAGCGGUGCGAGUGCGAGUGCGAGCUGUGCGGUGACGAUGCCGGGCGAGGCGGCGGAGUACAGCGCCAAGGUGCUGCCGGCCGCCGCGCUCCGCCUGCUGGAGGACGCGCUCACCACACCCGCACCCAAGGACUCAUACUACUUGAAACUCAAACACGACUCCUGGUUCACAAGGAUGCCCUCCUUGAGGGUCGGACACUGAGCACAUCAGUAGGGCGUAGCUUUUUUUACGAAUUCACUUCUACGAAGUUUUUAAGAUUUGUAUUAAAUCACGGUUGUUUGAUUCUAAAGGUUUACAAAUGUUUAAUGUUCGAAUGGGAGUUCGGAUAAUAUAACAUUCGUUUUUAUAGUUUUUUUAUAACUAUAUGACAAUAAUUUUAAAUGGUCUCCAAUUUAAGUAAAAGUGAAUUCUGACUGAAACUAUAAUUUCAUGAGUUUGUAGCGUACACCAGUCUAGCAGCGGACAGACAAACACUGAUGAUGAUGAUUAUAAAAAAUAUACGAUUUUUAAUCGCAGAAAAAAAGAACUUUUUAACAUUUUGUCGUUCUAUGAAAAAUAGUGAAAAUAAAAAUAAAUCAUAGGAAAGAAAAAAUUCGGAGCUGCGCCCUUCUUACUCAUUAUUGACGAACCCUUUAUUCUUGUAAACAAAAACAUACCUUAUUUAUUAGAUAUGUUGAACACAUUCAAUAACACAAUACGCACUAAAUUAUGUAAUCCAAACAAUAUAUCAGACAAUUAGUUAAUAUGAAUUAACCGUAAUUAGUAUUACAAAUUAAAUGAAGUAGGUACAGUUUCCAAAGAAAUACAUAUUAUGAUAUUUUGCUAAUAUUUAAAUCCAGGCGUUGCGUAAAAACAAUUUUUUCAGCAAACCUGAAUUCGUAUACUCAUUUUAUUAUUAUUUUAUAUAAUCUAUAUUCAUUUUAAUGCUUAAUAUUCUAUAUAUUUUCGACCCACUGUAUCCUUGUAAGACGAAGGCACGGGGCAGUGGAGGUAUUGUGCCAAAUAACAAAAGGUACUAACAAAUUACUAAUUUAAACAUUAAAAAGUAUUUAAAUGAUAGAAAUUGCUUUAAUGAGAUUUUAACAAAUUUGAUAGUACCUUUCUAUACGAUCUUUUUAAGAAUGAUGGACAUUUUGUCAUUUAACAACGAGAAAAUAUUUGCUGUUUUUUUGUAGAUGACAGCAAAUAGAGGCAGAAGCAGAGGCUUUGUGCCAAUUUUAUGAUAAAUGGUUUGAUAUUGGUUACUUACGUUGUAUGUUAAGCCCUGAUUUUAACUAACGACUCGAUGGAACCAUGACUAAAGUAGAGAUUAAAGGAAAUUGUAGUUGGCUGAUUGUGGGUUUACAUUAAAGAUGUCACAAUUGUAUGUAAAUAAUUUUUUUGUUGUACAUUAAAAUAUAUCUU